GUUCAGUAGCUCUGAGCAACUUUCUAACAAGUAGACUGGCUUUCUUUUUUUUUUUUAAACUACUUUUGUGAUUUGAUUCCGGUCGCUGCAACGAUGACCACAGCCGUGGUAUCGCCUUUCUUCGACUUCGAAGUAAUGAACAAGAACAAACUUCUCAGCUACAACAACAACCUGGGUGUCUCCCAUCCCAUGUCUGUUCCUUGCACUAGCACCAACGUGCCCAUCUCCAGCUCCGCCGGACCCCUGCUGGACAGGAAGGCGGUGGGAUCUCCCUCAGUGGGAGGCGUGUACCAGCGGCGGCACUCUGUCAGCAGCACAAAGUUCAACCAGAACCAAUUUCUGAAUAGCCUGAAGGCAGUGGACCAGUCCUCCUCACUCAUCUCAGGGGUUGGCAAUGCCAGCAACAACAAGGAGAACCGCCUGCGAGACCGCUCCUACUCCGAAACCGGCGAGAGGCUCAUCAACAAGUGCCUGGGCCCUGCCAGUCCCACCGGCAGCAGCAGCCAAGUGAACUCCAGCCGUUACAAGACAGAGCUCUGCAGGCCCUUUGAGGAGAACGGUUCCUGCAAAUAUGGCGACAAAUGCCAGUUUGCUCACGGAAUCCAUGAACUGCGCAGCCUGAGCCGCCAUCCUAAGUACAAAACUGAGCUGUGCCGCACCUUCCACACCAUCGGUUUCUGCCCAUACGGGCCUCGCUGCCAUUUCAUCCACAAUGCUGAGGAGCGUCGUGGACCUCCCCAGCAGUCCUCUCCUCUUAACUCUAUGAACAAGAUGGAGCGACCUCGGCUGCAGCACAGCUACAGCUUUGCUGGUUUCUCCAACUCAGCUGGGCUGAGAGACAGCCCCACCUCAGUCACCCCUCCACCCAUGUUCUUCCCUGAUGAGAUCCCAGACUGGCCCAGCAGUAAUCCCUUCACCUACUCCAGCCAGGAGCUGGCCAGCCUGUUCGGGCCCAGUCUCAAUGCCGGUCCUGUAGGCACAGAGCCCAACACCCCUGCACCUCCCUCUCCAACAAGCACAUCUUACUAUUUCAGACCCAUGUUGGAGUCCCCUCAGAUGUUGGAGUCUUCAUCCAGCCCCCCAGACUCUAUGUCGGAUCAAGAGGGCUACCAGAGCAGCUCUGGUGGCAGCCUGUGUGGCUCCGAGUCCCCCACGCUGGAUAACACCCGCCGCCUUCCCAUCUUCAGCCGCCUCUCCAUCACUGAUGACUAGACUGCACGCAUCCACCAGUGACUUUUAAAUUUGACGACACAAAGAACAUGGCACUCCCCUCUACCUCUGCCCUUCAGACUCCCCUCUGCCCUCGAAGCUCCCUUACACAUCACGUUAGUUCCUUGUUAGCAUUAUGAGGAUAUAAUCAACUAAGGGAACCCUCAGCUAAAUCUAUCAUUUCUUCCCACUUAAUCUGCACAGCAAGUUUUAAAAGAAAGUACCCCGCCAUGUGUCAUAGUGCCAAAAAAAGGAGAGGAAACUGAACAAUGAAAAUGAUGAGAACAAGAAUUGACUGUUUAUGCCAGGUGCCACUUGUUUUUCUUUUUGUUUUUCUUCUUCUUCAUGUAUUCUUGAAUGUGUAGCAGCACAAGUGGCCUUGGAAAGGGGUGUGCUUUGCACUAGCCCUCAUCCCCCUCCCCUCUCUCCCCUGCCAUCCUCCCUGAUGAUACCACUUCCCCUGAGCUUGCUAGAGGGUGCUCAGUAAUGUAACUGUAGCUCUACACCGCAGAUGUUUUUACAGACUGAGUUAAGACAAACGGAGAGAAAUGACAGACCCUGAAAAUAUAUGAAUAGUUUUUUUUUAAAAAAUGGAGAAAAAAAAGUGCCUGGGCAGUUUCUGCAUGUGUUUAGGGUGAAUGGACUACUGUUUGUUUUGGUUCUUUCUCAUUUGCCCCCACCCACCUCCUUCUACCCCUCAGUCAAGCCCCGUCUUAUGUAAUUUUGAACCGGGUGAGUCUGCAGGAAGGACUUUGAACUGGAAGUUGGUUAUGGCCCCCCCUCUCCUCCUGUUGCUGGUCACUGGCUGUUUCCUUUUUUUUUUUUUUUUUUUUUUUUUUUUCCUUGGGAAGGAAGUU